UUUGAUAUCUGUCUUUCGGGCAUCUGUUGGAAGUUGGGCCUUUAGCGGUAGUUUGUUAUUGCCCUGAAUUUUUAUUUGUUUAUUUUAAUAAAUUAAAUUGAUUAUCAGUAAAUAAUGAUUAAAAAGUAACUAAUGUUCUAAAAUUUCAAAAUGCCGUAUUACUGUACUGUUCCUCGUUGCACAUCCAUGGCUGGAAAAGUGAAAGAUGUAUCUUUUCAUCAAUUUCCAAAGGACAAAGAACUUGCAAAACUUUGGAAUGAAAUCUUAAAAAGAGGAAAGCCUUAUACAAAAUAUUCUAAAGUAUGUAGUCUGCAUUUCAAACCACAGGAUUACACAGUAACGGGUCUGGGCAAAUACAAAGGUCAAUGGAGAACUUUACGGAAAGAUGCAGUUCCAUCACAGAAUUUGCCAUCUGAUUCAACUGCACAAAGCAUUAGGACUAGAAAUAGGGGAUUAAAUCUUCCUACUGGUAUUAUGGAUUCUCAGUUGCAGAAAGUAGCGCAGGCCAUUUAUAUGCAGACAAUGCUGGCUGUAAAUAAUACUACAGUUGGAGAUAUGAGUAUGGCUUCAAUGUCUAACGAACAAGGGUCAUCACCCAAUAGAGAGAGUUCAUCAUCCAUGUCAAGUAAUAGUUCGGGUCAAUUUAAUGAAACUAUGUCACAAAUUGAACAUUUAUUGUAUAAAAAUAAAAUAAAUAGUGAACUCCCAGAAGAUUUGGUGAACAAAAACUAUAAUAACGAGGGUUCAAACACAUCAUAUGGCUCUAUUAAAUCGGAAAUACAAGAUUUUGGUUCAAAACAAACAUAUAAAUGUAUAGAGUGUUCAAAAUGUUUUAAAGACCCUGAUGUGUUCUUUUUACAUAAACGCACUCAUGUACCAAAGAAUCCAAGUGGCAUGGAUGUCAUAAGAAAAACAUUAACAGAAAAUGUAAAUAGUGAAAAAGAAAGUUAUAAUAAUAAUACUAGUAAAAAUUUAGCUGGCGAGAAUUCAACUGAAGAAACACUAAGAGCAAACCCUAUAUUAGCAAACUUAUUGAAAUCAACAAUGCCCCAAACAUUACAAAGAGAUGAAAUGCAACAAGAAUUCGAUAGUAAAAGUGUUACCAGUAUAGAAAAGCAGAUGAUGGCAGCUAUGACAUUAAAUAUGAAGAACUAUUUUAGGAAUUUAUCAUCAAUGAUGACACAAGUAGCAAUAUUAUCAAAUGAGAAUAUCAAUGAAGAAAUUGACAAUUUAGUAUAUGGGUUGGGGAAUGAUGAUUCUAGAGAAAGUUCUAUGACUAAUUUAAAUGAUUUAAUGAAAGAGGAAACAAUUGAACAACAGGGUAUGCAGCUGGAUGAAGAGAAUGAUAGUCUGAAUAGUGAAUUUGACUGAUUAAGGCUUUAGUGGUAUAAUGGACUGAAAUAUAAUAGUACGAUUUUGUGAUCAUAAUAAAAUGUAAGUCAUCACAAAUUAACAAUCCCAUUGAGAUAGCUUUCAUCAUCCUAUGGAUACUAUAAAAAAACUGUUUAUUUAAAAAUAAAAAUAUGAAAAUGCUUAAAAAAGAUGAAGUGUGUUAUAAUAAAUAUUAAUAACUUGAAAGUAAUCGCUUGACAAACAUUACGUCCUAGUCGGCUCAUAUACGUACCCCACCGAAGGGUCCAAAACCUAAGUUAGGGUUGAUGAUGACCCAGUCUCCCAUGCUGAAUCUGGUGUGGGUUGGUUGACCACAUCUUACAUACAAAAACAUGUUUACGUUACAAAACGUUAAGUAUUUCUAUGAAAUUGUGAUUAUCAGCUAAAAUAAAACCGUGAAUAUUUUUUUAUCUGUUGGAAUUGGCCAUUUAUAAGAGGUAAAAAUGUUAUUUCUAUUGUUAUGAAUUAUGUUGGUGUUGUGCUCAUUAAGGGGUCGGAUAUCUGAAGUCAAUUACCCGCCUUUACUUUCUGACUGAUUUUUAGAUAAGUUUAAAUUUAUUCUUUAAGUUUUUUGAUUAUGUAGAAAAUAAUUCACGAAAUUGAGGAGUAGCUAGUAAAAAACUCUGUUGAUGAAACAUUUUUUAGCUUAGAAUUGUUUCUCCUCGAAUGCAUCGUUUAUUAAAAAAA